AUGGCUGCCACUCGCGUCGAAUUGCCUGAUGGACACCUCGUGAACCUCUCGCCUCGACCAGUCCGGGCACAAUAUCAAGCAUACCGAGCCGACUACAAGGCCUCGCCGACAGAGCUCUCAGCCAUCACGCCACCCCGGUAUACGCCAAUCGCAAAGCCGAAUGAACAAGUCACACAUGCGAAUGCAUCUAGCACAGCCCAACAGAAGCCGAAAAACACAAAGCUGCCUGUCCCUAAGUCAUCCGCCAACAGCCCAAGCCAUGAGUCCAGACAGACACCAAGUCCUACUGGCCUUCCAAAACCAACCACGCCUAAACAUACAGGACAACGUGCCCAAGGGGUCUCAGCCGGAAAUCGUGAUCAAUACAUGCAGAAGUUGCGAGAUCGGUUCGAAAAAGAUUCUCCUCUUUCUGAAAGAAGCGAUAGAAGCAAAAACAGUGAUAGCGAGCAAUCUCCGAACGCACGGAAAUCCUACCAUCGACCAAGACCGCCGACCGGAAAUCGCCCACAGCAAGCACAAACUCGGGGAGCCAAUGCACGUUCAGCGAUCCCAAGUCCCAGUACGGCGAAGAGCAGCCCCGCAAGUGCCUCGGCGCGCAGGGUUGCUGCUUCACAGCCCGUUGAUAGCAAGAACAAGUGGCGCAAACAGGGUGACCAGUGGAUCAACAUGGACGUCCCCGAUAAUACGCCUCAGAAAUCGGAAAAGACAGAGACAACGUCCGCGUCCACCCCGCAAACUCAGUCUUCUGUCUCACCACUGUCAGCCGAAGACAGUUCUAUCACUGACUGUGACUGGGAAGACCGGUUCGUGGUAAACAUGCCAUCCGCAAAAGAUCCGAACCCGCCCACCAUGACAGCGCAACAGAUCAGCGAGUACCAGAAGAGCAUUGAGAAGGUAUAUCAAGCCGGUGGGAAGAUGGCCCACCCAGACUCGCUGCCGAGUCGUAACGCUUCCCCAGAAAGCAAAUCGAGUCUCAGGGGAUACGGAGAGCAGACACCGCCGAGAUUCAUGGCAUAUGACGGUGCGUAUGAGGAGAGGCAACUGCCGAAACCGUUGUCGCUCGAACAUCGCGAAAUUGCACCCCAAAAACAAGACCAGCCUCAGUCUCCACAACGCCCUCAACCCCAGGCGCAACCUCCAAUGCAGACAAAGGUCCAGUCUACGGUGGUAUCUCAGCGCCAAACAGCCAAUAACUAUUACAGCCCCGAUGAGAUUGGCCAUACCCGCAUUAGCACUAUAUGGGAAGAGUCGCCCACGAAGAUCAAGGAAAAGCGCCACCCCCAAAACGCCGACGGUUCUUUUUUAGGGUGCAGGGAAAUAUCUGGGGAGAAGAAUCCGGACGAAAUUCUCAUGUUCACACCCCCAGACGAUGCCAACUUGCAUCCCCGCCCAUUGGCUUUGGUCUCGAAGAACAUGCACAGGGGAUUGAAGAAUGUCAAGAAGGGUGGUGCUCGCAAAACUGCGCAGAUUGUGCCAGAGGCUACGAUCAUACAAGACGAGCCCCAGCAGUCUGCUCCGAGUUCGAUACCUACCCAAUGCCCCAAGUCGUCGACGACGAGCCGCGACCAACCUCAGCCUGCGGACCCUACGCCCGUUUCGAGGAAGGGGUCCCAAGACUCUGGCAAGGAGAACUCUUACCUUCCCAGCAGCCCCAUCGAACGGUCCGAGAGCCUAGGGGAAUCACGGAGCGACGACGAUGUGUUCAUUAUCACACCCACUAUCACACGCACCAUGCUUCCCGCCCCCGACAAGAAACCCUCUGCGCCAAAGCCGCAAGGCUUGCGACGCGCUGGUGGCGCAAGUCAGCCCGUCACCGCAGAAGCCACCCGAGCCAUCAGGGCCAAGGCUCAAAUAAUCUCCACGCCGUCAGGCCUGCGACCCGGAGGGUUAAAUUCGAAAGUCAAACCGACAGGGUCCACCCUGACAGCAUCUCAGACCUUUCCAUCCAGCGCACUCUCAAGCACGGGAAACGACCAAGGCCCCGUGGACCGAGGCCAGCAAGAUCGGACACAAGAACCAAUUUCAGACAAAACCGCCGCCACAGCAUCCAGUACUAUCCGUGGCUUCAUCCGUACCUCCGGGCUGGCCAGGUCGUCCGGGUUGGUUAGGUCGCCGACAGAUAGCCUUGCCGCGAUUUUGCGCAGCGGCACGGAAUCUCUUCGCAACCGAGCGGAAUCGCUGCGAAAUGGAUCGGGAUCCCUCCAGCGCUCGAACCGGAAGAUAACGCCUAGCCAGCCGUCGACAAUUCCACAAAGAGACAAUUCGGAGUCAUCUCGAUCCGCGAAAUCGCUUCACUCAUUCCAGUCAUUCGAUACCGCAAAAGAGCAACCUGGUGUCCCGGAAGAAGCCCCUCCAUCCCCCAAGCCAGUGAAAACUGAGGAGAAACCCCAAGAGCCGAGUUCCCCUCCCAGGAAGUCUGCUGCACCAAGCAAGCCCGCGAGCAGGAAGCUCACCUUGUCGGAAGAUCCACCGUCCAAGGUCAAGUUGGAAAAACCUCCUACCUCGACCAGAAGGAUCUCCGCAUUGGCGAAGCCAUCCAAGCUGGAGAAAACGUCCAAAGCCUCGAAGACUCCAGCACCUGAGAAGCCCUCACCACCUAAGGUUGAGGCUGCACCCAAGAAGGAAAGCCCGCCAAGAAAAGAUGAGAAACAACGUACCAAAACUUUGCCUCGCCUCAGCACAUCCAGCAGGGUCACGGACGUUGCCGAGCUUGACGGUCUUCAGCUCGUCAGUCCAAAGGAAUCUGUUCAGCCCCAUCUCAAUAAUCUUCAUUCCGACCUGGGUGACACGCCUGGCCCAAAUAACGCCGGAUCCGACAACAACGAUUUCAACCCUCUUGCCCUCUCCCUUGUCUUCCACAUCCUAGUCGUUGCCAUUACCCAGGUCAAUCGAUUCGUUCGAAUGGGCACCGACAGCUCCUACGCCAAAUUCGUCCUGAACAACACCCUCAGCAUGACCGGCCAUUGCUUCAAUGUCUUCAGCUGCAUCUAUGGAGCCUUCCGCGACUACCAAGCCACAGGCUCUUGGCCAAAACCUCAAAGCGACAAAGCUAUCAGUCGAUUCAUGAUGGAUCUCCUACAAGCAGUCGUCUACCUUUUCAUUCUUGGAUUCGCUGCAACGUUAGUAGGUCGUGUGGCGGGCUACGUUGUUCUAGUCAGCAGUUGGAUCGUCUGGGUCGCUAAGCCCUUUGCUUGGGUAUUCCAAUUUGUUGGUCGUGUUUUGAUAGCGAAUUAG